GGGCUGGGGCCUGGAUUUGCAGGACGUACUGGGAACAGUCAUGGCGGAUGGUCCUGUGGCGGAGCAAUUGCUUCGGCGGUUGGAGGUGGCAGAUGGCGGCCUGGACAGCGCGGACCUAGCGACCCAGCUGAACGUGGAGCAUCAGGUGGUGGUGGGCGCCGUGAAGAGCCUGCAGGCUCUAGGCGAGGUCAUCGAGGCUGAGCUUCGCUCCACCAAGCGCUGGGAACUGACCGCUGAGGGUGAGGAGAUUGCCCGGGAGGGCAGCCAUGAGGUGCGUGUGUUCCGCAGCAUCCCCCCGGAGGGCCUGGCCCAAAGCGAGCUCGUGCACCUGCCCAGCGGCAAGGUGGGUUUUAGCAAGGCCAUGUCCAACAAGUGGAUCCGCGUGGACAAGAGCGCGGCUGACGGGCCUCGGGUGUUCCGAGUGGUGGACAAGGUAGAAGAUGAGGUGCAGCGGCGGCUCCAGCUCAUCCAGGGAGGCCAGGCUGAAAAGCUGAGCGAGAAGGAGAGGAGCGAGCUCCGGAAGAGGAAGUUGUUGACUGAAGUGACCUUGAAGACCUACUGGGUGAGCAAGGGCAGCGCCUUCAGCACCAGUGUCUCCAAGCAGGAGACGGAACUGAGCCCAGAGAUGAUCACCAGUGGCUCCUGGCGAGACCAGCCCUUCAAACCCUACAACUUCUCAGCCCGUGGCGUGCUCCCGGACAGUGGCCACCUGCACCCGCUGCUUAAGGUCCGCUCCCAGUUCCGCCAGAUCUUCCUGGAGAUGGGGUUCACCGAGAUGCCCACCGACAACUUCAUUGAGAGCUCCUUCUGGAACUUCGACGCGCUCUUCCAGCCACAGCAACACCCUGCACGUGACCAGCAUGACACCUUCUUCCUGCAAGACCCGGCCGACGCCCUGCAGCUCCCCAUGGACUACGUCCACCGGGUCAAGCGGACCCACGCACAGGGCGGCUACGGCUCUCAGGGGUACAAGUACAGCUGGCGCCUGGACGAGGCCCGGAAGAACGUGUUGCGCACCCACACCACGGCAGCCAGCGCCCGUGCCCUUUACCGCCUGGCACAGAAGAAGCCGUUCACACCCGUCAAGUACUUCUCCAUUGAUCGUGUGUUCCGCAAUGAGACGCUGGAUGCCACGCACCUGGCCGAGUUCCACCAGAUUGAGGGAGUGGUGGCCGACCACGGGCUCACGCUGGGCCACCUCAUGGGCGUCCUGCGCGAGUUCUUCAGCAAGCUGGGCAUCACCCAGCUGCGCUUCAAGCCGGCCUACAACCCCUACACGGAGCCCAGCAUGGAGGUGUUCAGCUACCACCAGGGCCUGAAGAAGUGGGUGGAGGUCGGGAACUCCGGGCUCUUCCGCCCUGAGAUGCUGCUGCCCAUGGGACUGCCCGAGAACGUGUCUGUCAUUGCCUGGGGCCUCUCCCUGGAGCGCCCGACCAUGAUCAAGUACGGCAUCAACAACAUCCGGGAGCUGGUGGGCCACAAAGUGAACCUGCAGAUGGUCUACGACAGUCCCCUGUGCCGCCUGGAUGUGGAGCCCAGGCCCCAGAGGACGCAGGCCGCCGCUUGACCCUAGCUGCCCCACCAUCACCGGUGACCCCUUGUAUUUAUGAGGCCUCUGUGAGGCCAGCCACCCUCAGCCAGGACCAGGGUUCCAGGACUGGGAAGCAGGCAACAUAAUAAAGCAAGCAGUUGUCCUCA